AUGGCUGCCGCUGUCGACAACUUGGGCGUCUCUGGCCUCCUCAUCCAUCACGCUAGUAUCCUCGCAGUCGAAACUAAAGUAGACCUCCACACCGGCCCACAAUGGGAUGCGCUCGUUGAGGGCCUCGAUACUCUACGCAUCUGCUCUGAACUUUUCUCAAACGCCACUAUCGAUGAUAUGCCCAGAGUGUUCGGAUAUAUCAAGUACAAACUAUCGCCGCAACACCAGGUCACCCUUUUCGUCGUCCUUUCAGCCAUCUUCAAGACGACUGACUGGAUGCGCUUCGAGCGCCAGAUUGUCGAGAAGGAGGGAUUCGAGAUUUCUGCUGUUGUAUAG